AUGGCUGGCAGAAUGCUAAAAUUCAUAAGGGGGAAGGGUCAACAGCCCUCUGCUGAACGACAGAAGCUUCAAAAUGAACUGUUUGCUUUUCGAAAGACAGUGCAACACGGCUUUCCACACAGAGCUUCCGCCCUCGCGUGGGACCCUAUCCUUCGACUUGCGGCUCUGGGCACAGCAACCGGAGCCCUCAAGGUCUACGGCCGACCAGGCGUAGAACUGUACGGGCAGCACACCAAUCCCGAUUCCGCGGUUACACAAAUUCAUUUUAUACCUGGCACCGGCCGUCUUGUAUCACUUUGCGACGACAACAGUCUACACUUAUGGGAGAUAAACGAGAAAUCAUUGGUGGAGCUCAAAUCACACACAUUUGAAGGCAAAAACAAGAAGAUAUCUUCUCUAUGCGUGGAGUCCACUGGCAAGAACCUGCUGAUGGGCACCGAAGGCGGCAAUAUAUACAGCCUGGACCUAAACACAAUCACAGUACACGAAGAUGUUAUAUAUCAGGAUGUGGUUAUGCAAAACUGUCCAGAAGACUUCAAAGUGAAUCCGGGAGCUGUUGAAGCGAUAUGCGAACACCCAAAAGUGCCCACGCGGUUACUCAUUGGUUACAAUCGUGGCUUAGUGAUCCUCUGGGACCGGGUGGCUGCCUCGCCCACACACACCUUCGUAUCUAAUCAGCAGUUGGAGAGCCUGUGUUGGAAUGACGACGGCGAGCAUUUCACAUCGUCCCACAACGACGGAUCAUAUGUUACUUGGGAAGUGGCAGGAGCUUCAAGCGAUCGACCAUUAAAAGAGCCAAUUACACCAUAUGGCCCCUACCCCUGCAAGGCCAUCUCUAAAAUUCUCAUCAGAACUAGUAUCGAUAAUGACGAGAUUAUUAUUUAUGCUGGUGGCAUGCCCCGAGCGUCAUACUCGGACAAAUAUACUGUCACAGUACAACAAGGAGAAAAACAUGUCGCCUUUGACUUUACAAGUCGAGUAAUCGACUUUUUCACAACGACCCCAGUACCGCCAGAUGGCGUUCCCGUGCAAGAAGAGCGCCCCGAGACACCGGCACAGCUCUCCGCACAAACCGUCAAUCAAGUUGCUGCGGCUCUGGUGGUGCUAGCUGAGGAGGAGCUUGUCGUUAUAGACUUAUGCGACUCCCGCUGGCGGCCGCUGCGCCUCCCGUAUUUAGUAUCUGUGCACGCGUCGGCCGUCACCACGGCGCAGCUCGUCGACAACGUCGCCGCCAACGUGUACGACAACAUCGUGGCCGCCGGGCAGCAGCAAACGGAGAAUGUAUACUCGGAGAGUGCUUGGCCUAUCUCGGGCGGGGAGGUGACCAGCGCCGAGACGGAGGCGAGCGAGCGCCAGUUGCUGCUGACGGGACACGAAGACGGCUCCAUUCGGUUCUGGGACGUGAGCGGAGUAGCCAUGACGCCUCUCUACAAGUACACCACAGCACAACUCUUUAGCGGUGAAGAGAUAGGCGAGAACAACGACAGUCAGAACGAUGAGGAAGAAUGGCCCCCAUUUAAACGCGUCGGUACAUUUGAUCCGUACAGUGAUGAUCCAAGACUGGCCGUUAAACGGGUUAUCCUUUGUCCCUUAUCGGGUAUGCUCACUAUUGGCGGCGCGGCUGGACACAUUGUGAUUGCCAGCUUGAAGACUUCUCCGAGCACUGCAGAGGUUAAAUCAAUGUCGGUGAACAUAGUUUCUGAUCGCGAUGGGUUCGUCUGGAAGGGACACGACCAACUGACGCUUCGCGCCGGCACUCACAAUUUCCCCCAAGGAUAUCAGGCGACGGCGGUGGCGCAGCUGUCGCCGCCGGCCGCGGUGACGGCGCUGGGCGCGCAGUGGGAGUGGGGCGUAGUGUGCGCCGGCACCGCGCACGGCCUGGCGCUGCUGGACGCGCUGGCCGCCGCGCCGCUGCUGCACCGCUGCACGCUCAACCCGCACGAUCAUUCUGGUGCCGGAGAUACUCCAAUAUCUAGACGAAAAUCAUUUAAAAAGUCACUGCGAGAAUCGUUUCGACGGCUAAGGAAAGGCAGAUCACAACGACGUCAAAACACCUCUGCGAGUCCUACAUCACAGUCGCAACCAGCGGCGAAGAAGCCAGGCGAUAAAAUUGUUGAGACAGACGCUGAGAUCAAACCUGUGGAGCGUGCCGUUGAGGCCCGAUCUAAUGACGACGCAUUCGGUUCUAUGGUGCGCUGCUUAUAUUUUGCGAGGACAUUCCUUAUUAGCACACAAAACUCAACGCCGACACUGUGGGCGGGCACAAAUAAUGGUACGGUCUACGCGUUCACGAUAAACGUGCCAAAUACUAACAAACGGAAAGAAGAACCCGUAACAUGUCAACUAGCGAAAGAGAUACAGCUGAAACACCGAGCACCAGUCAUCGGUAUCACAGUCUUAGACGGAGCUUCAGUACCGCUGCCAGAUCCUUUAGAGAAGAUCACCCAGUUAAAGGGUUUCUGGAGACGAACAAAAGUGGCUGCAAAGAAAUCUGCGGCACAACAUAGAAGAGCUUUGCAAGCUACUGGUGGUGGACAAAGGCCAACAUCGCCAGGUGAUGAUCACCUAAAGAUAGUGGAACUCUGCCCAACAGAUUUUGUUAUAGAAGAAAAUCUUUAUGACAGCGAUGCGGUCCCACAACACGUUGAAGUUAUAGUUCUUGGAGGAACUGAAGAGCAAAACAACACAUUGUAUGAUAUAGACGAGGAUGAAAUUCUACCAGCAGAGGAACCAGCUGAACAGCAAAUGAUUACAGUGGCAAAUGUGCAUAGCGAAGAGAUUGAUAUCAAGAUGCCUGAAUACAGCAGAAAAACACAAAUGAUGUUUCCUCCAAAGGUGGACAAGAAACAAAUUAGAGAAAAGAAAACAAAUAAGUUGGCUGGCAAGGAAGCUUUAUUAAGAAGCAAUAUAGAAUUUAAGGAACGGGCUUCAGCAAUGUUGGAAGAAGAACAUAAAUUAAAAAUAAAAUUUCAAGAACAAGAAAUAGCUCAUCAGCAGUUGCGGCAUAAACUGGAAAUUGAAAUAUUAAUAUUAGAAAGAGACAAAAAGAAAUUGGAAUUAGAAUUGUUAAAAAAAAAAAACUAG